AUGUUACAUCGAUUAUUUCUGUUACUCUACGUAGUAACGUUCACUUCGAGUGAAAUAGAAUUCAUAGCUGUUCGUUUUCCAUUAAAGGGAGAACGUUCACCACCAAAUGCAGUAUGGCCACAUCCACAACAAAUCAAUGCUUCCAACGAAUUACUCUAUAUUCGUCCGCAUGCUAUUAUGAUUCAUUCUAAUAUUCAGACAUGUGAUAUUAUUACAAAAGCUAUUCAACGAUAUGAGCCAAUUUUCUUUCCACCAAAACUUUCAAUGCGUGACCCACCAUCCGGUGUAAAUAACAUUCUACAAAAUCUAACACUCAAUAUACGUGAUAAUCCUCAAUGUGAACAAUAUAUUCAACACGAUUCAAAUGAAACUUAUACUUUAACCAUCAAUCUUCAAAUGGCGAUUGUUGAAGCUAGUAGUGUUUGGGGUUUAUUACGUGGUCUCGAAACAUUUUCACAACUUAUCUAUAUUAAUGAACAAAAUUAUGUUGUUAUCAAUAAUUCUGUAACUAUUAUUGAUAGUCCUCGUUUUCAACAUCGUGGUGUUAUGCUUGAUACAGCGCGACAUUUUUUACCUGUACCAAUUAUUAAAAAGAAUCUUGAUGCAAUGGCCUAUAAUAAAUUAAAUGUAUUUCAUUGGCAUAUUGUAGAUGAUCAAUCAUUUCCAUUUGAAAGUAUAACUUUUCCAGAUCUAUCUCGAGCAGGUGCUUUUUCACCUUAUCAUGUAUAUACACCAGCAGAUGUCAUUGAUGUGAUUGAACAUGCUCGAUUACGUGGAAUUCGUGUCAUUCCUGAGAUUGAUACACCUGGUCAUACCUAUUCAUGGGGUAAAUCAAUGCCACAAUUAAUAACUGUAUGUUGGGCAAAUGGAAAACCUUAUCAAGCAAUUUAUGGAACACAAGGUGAAAUGGAAAUAUUUAAUCCAAUUGAGCCACGUGUUUAUUCAACAAUGGAUUCUUUACUUCGAGAAGUAAAAAGUAGAUUUCCUUCCAAUUAUAUUCAUCUUGGUAUGGAUGAAGUAUAUGAUAGAUGUUGGCUUUCCAAUCCAAAUAUUACUCAAUGGAUGAUUGUUAACAACAUUUCUUCUGCAAGAGGUCUUCAUGCAUAUUAUGCAGAUAAAAUUUUAGAUAUUACACGUAAUAUCAAUGUUGUACCUAUUGUUUGGCAAGAUGUUUGGGAUGAAAAAGUUCAAUUACCACCUGACACUAUCAUACAAGUAUGGAAAGAUACUAGUGAUAGUAGUGCAUUUGAUGGAUGGGCAUCGUAUUUAAAUCAAGCUGCUAAUGAAGGUUACAAUGUAAUACUUUCAAGUCCUUGGUAUAUUAAUUAUAUUAGUUAUGGCAAGUAUAAUACAAAUACAUCUGUUAUGAACUUAGAAUUUUUUAAAUACUAUGAAAUUGAACCACUCCGUCAAUUUACUGGUUCGGAAGAAGCAAAAAAACGUAUCCUUGGUGGAGAAGCUUGUUUAUGGGCUGAAUUUGUUGAUGGUACUAAUUUAUUACCACGUUUUUGGCCAAAAGCAUCUGCUGUAGCUGAACGAUUGUGGAGUGCUGCAAGUGUUAAUAACUCUGAAGAUGCUCAAUUUCGAUUGGAUGUUCAUCGAUGUCGUCUUUUGAGACGAGGGAUACCAGCUCAACCGAUCUUGACUGGAUAUUGUGGAAAUUAUGAAUUAGGUAUGCCAGAAUCGAUGAUCAACGAUCCAGCAUUCAAUUAUGAAACUUCUACUACGAUUAAUUCGACCGCAAUAUCAACACAAAGUUCAACAGAUUCGCCAUUUGGUACAACUGGAAUAUUCAAUGGAGAACGUUCACCACCAAAUGCAGUAUGGCCACAUCCACAACAAAUCAAUGCUUCCAACGAAUUACUCUAUAUUCGUCCGCAUGCUAUUAUGAUUCAUUCUAAUAUUCAGACAUGUGAUAUUAUUACAAAAGCUAUUCAACGAUAUGAGCCAAUUUUCUUUCCACCAAAACUUUCAAUGCGUGACCCACCAUCCGGUGUAAAUAACAUUCUACAAAAUCUAACACUCAAUAUACGUGAUAAUCCUCAAUGUGAACAAUAUAUUCAACACGAUUCAAAUGAAACUUAUACUUUAACCAUCAAUCUUCAAAUGGCGAUUGUUGAAGCUAGUAGUGUUUGGGGUUUAUUACGUGGUCUCGAAACAUUUUCACAACUUAUCUAUAUUAAUGAACAAAAUUAUGUAUGUUCACUUUCAAUACAUCAUUCAUUUUAUGUAUUUAUUGUUGUUCUUUAUCUAAAUAUUUCUUUCCUAGGUUGUUAUCAAUAAUUCUGUAACUAUUAUUGAUAGUCC